CUGUAUUGAGCAACUUCGGCUGUGCAGACGUACAACCAGGGCAAAAUCUAUAGUCUGUUCCAGUUUGUUAAAGUGUCCCAACAUGUCCAUGAACACAGAGGGAAUGCACGUGAAUCUCAUCGAGGAUCCAGAACCGGAUAUCGGUGAUUACUGCAAUACUGGAGAAGUGCGAUAUUCGGUUUUGAAUAACCAACAAAAUAAUGGAAAGCGACCAUUUUGUCAAGAGCCCUUCAAGGUGGCAACCGCAUGCCUCACUGCCUUCUGUCUCCUCUUACUCGUGAUUCUGGUGGCUACAAAUAUUUACAGGAGUUCUUCUGUUCAGGAUCUCCCCUCCAGUCCUGCUGAAGCUCAAAUGCUUAAAACCUGCGCCAACGUGGACAAUCUGACAGCAGAACUGCAGAUUUUGAGAAAAGCGAAGAGUGACCUGGAGGAAGAGAAGUCACAGCUGAAGAUCAAAAUAACUGCGCUAGAAGCAUCGGCUGCUACAAAAUGCACUCCAGUGACAGCGAAAGAUCCCUGUCCAGUUGACUGGCAUUAUUUCGAAGGCAGCUGUUACUUCAUCUCUGACGACAUCACAAGCUGGCCAAGAAGUCAGGCUUACUGCAAACAAAGAGGAGGAGACCUGGCUAUCGUCCUUACAGCUGAAGAACAGACUUUUAUAUGGGACUUGCUGCCACGUGGUCACUGGAACGCCUACUGGAUUGGCAUAACUGAUGAAGAGACAGAAGAUGAAUGGCGCUGGGUGGAUGGAACCAAACUGGUUGGAGGUUUCUGGGAAGACGGCGAGCCUAACAAUCACAUUAAUGAGGACUGUGGCAACAUGGUAAAAACUAUGGUUUUAAGUCGCGUAGCUACAAAGAGCUGGUACGACGCCCCAUGUCACAUGUCCAGACCCUUUAUCUGUGAGAAGAAGGCAGAUGUGUCCUCUUAAUCAUCAUCAUCAUCCAUCUCCUAUCAUCAUCUUCAUCUUAAGUUUCAGGGUGUUUUCAAUAAGAAAUGUUGCAGAAUGAAGAAGGAUUACUGAUAUGAGUUAUGAUUGUACUUUGUAUGCUUGAUCUCAGGAUUUUAACAAUUUUAAUCCAUUAUAAUAUAUUUACUGUUUAAAAUGUAGGGUCAUUUAAUUAAAUCAAUUUACUUUUGUCCACAUUUUAUCAUAAUACUAUACAAAUGUAACUUGGAAAAAUUUUGUGGCAACAACACAUUUACAUUUACUCAUUUACCGUGAAAUGCUUUUAAACAGUAUUGAAAGAGGUCGCAUUUAUUCUGCGCUCUUAUUGGUUGCUUUUCUUUAUGAUUCAGUCCAAGUCAUCCAUUUCAAUAACAUUUUUUGUUUUGUAACAAAAAAAUAUGUUGGCACUAUCACAGAUUUCUCCACAUAACAUUCCACUCAAGUGAUUAUAAACUUUUGAUGGCUUAGUGUAAAACACGGUUUUCAUACUGGGGUCCGGGGAUCUUAUAUUUGCAUUUGUAUUUUUCUAUGUGUUUCCUUAUUACAGUGCCUUUUAUCUCAGGUUUGUAUUCCUUGUAAUGCUGCAAACUAAAUUUAUUGUCAGAGUGGCUGCAGUACGAAUAAAUGUUUAUAAAAAAAAUGUAUUUUAUACAUCAGCAUUAUUCUAAUUGUAGCUGCACGGUCAUUGAUCAAAACAGCAGUAGAAGGAUAUUUUUCUGUCUAAACAUAACUGUAAGCUUUUAGCUUGUACACUACCUAUUUAGUCAUUAACUGCUUGCAUAUCAUAAAAAUCUGACUUUUUCCAUGUUUAAGUACUAUAAUUGAUUCCCCAGUGCUUCUAUCACCCUAUAAAAUAUGAAAAAGAACAACCUAGUAACUUAGUUCUGGUAAACAAUUCUCUGAAAGCAUGUAAAAAAUAGGUCAUUGAAAUUGUGAUGUCAGAAGGGGAUCUUAUUAUAAUAAUACCGCCCCUUAAUCUGCAACUAUCCAACCACAGCACUGCUAUUUAGUGCAGAAAGAGGAAGAGAGAAAUAAUUGACAGCACAAUUGAGUUUUAAUUUCAACAAACCACCAUUAUGGUGAUCAGUGUUUGCAUUUCAUCAGCUCAUUUGCAUUUUAAGAACACACCCAAAACAGGACAUUUAUGCUCACACCUACAAAGUGGCAAUUUUAACAUGCUAUAAUAAAUUAUCUAUAUGGUAUUUUGAGCAAAAACUUCACAAACGUUAUCUGGGGACACCAAAGAUUUAUUUUACA